CUUGCAUUUCUCCCCUACCAUUUCUCAUCAUCUUUUUGUAAGUUCCGGUGCUUGGUCCGCCCUGGUCCUGAGUCGCCGGUGUCAAGUCCCGGUUGCAAGCACAAAGUCCGACCAAGAAGAGGCAGUAGCAACGGGCUGGUCAGCAGGAGGACGAAGCCCCACCCGCACCCGAGAACCUCAGAAAGCGAGGAAAGAGGGGACCCACUUACGGCAUUCACACAGCAACGGGUCUCCAGAGGCUCCAGAGGCUUAGGGGGGGUCACAUCCGAAAUUCCAGCGGUAAAGGUCUCGGUCGAGCACGGGCCAUCACCGGAAGCACUCUGAGACCUUCCUCCGCUCUCCCCGGUGGGCCACUCAAGUCGCGGACGAAAGCGUGCACAGCGUGUUUUUGGCGCGUUCUGGAUUCGGUGCAAAAGCUGGGUUCGCGCUAAGAAGCUAAGCGGCCCUUACCCCUGGUCCAACGUCACAGCACCCCCUGCUGGUCUAACCCGCUUUGGGCGGCCUGUAUUGUGACUUCCUUCAUUGCGUACUCGUUGUAUUCUUUUACUACACGCGACAGACUUCACGUCUGUCUUCCCUCAUCGUACUGUCCGUCCCAGGUUACGGUUCUCAACUUGCAGGAAAACGCUUGAGCUUUUUCUAUUGAGCUGUCCGGCAUUGAAUUUGAGAAGCGUCUUUACUUUUUCAACUCUGCACCAAAACAGCGAGGCGUGCAUUUGUCUCAGAGCUGCUCUCUAGUCGCGCAUGGGCUUUAAGUGGUUUGAUCCACUUCCCAAAAACGCGACUUACACCAAAGCCGGGCUCAGGACGCGACUUCCUUCACGACCACGGCCAUGAUACCCGCCCCGCGCUUUACGUGACGCCUGCACUUUACCACUUUAACCACUACAAACACCAAUUCGUAACCCACUCUCAACUCUCAAUCCCUCCACUUUCUUUUCCUUUUUUCCCACCCUUGGUCACCGCCCAACAACUACUGCCGGCACCACUCGACUCUGUCGGCAAUACCUCUCUACCUAUUCGUCUUUUCAUAUUUGCCCGUCAUCUCACUUUCGAACUGGACGAACACUCGAGUCGGUGACAGCCUCGCCUACGAUGGCGUCGCCAAUGCCAUCAGCACCUAUGGGCAACUGGGGAGGUAACGGCCAAGCGAUGCCACCACAGCCUCCUCCUGGCCCAGCAGAUAUGGAUGAUGCGGGUGUCCAGAUUCGAACCAUGGGCCUCAAGGUCAUUUACGCGUUCGCCGACAGCGGCGAGAGCUUCCUGGCGCGACACUCAGAACUACUCACCGUCCAGACAGUACCAAUCGACGAGAAGACCACAGUCGGCAUGGUAGACUUGAAGUUGUGUGCCCAGGCCGUUGUUAAGUGCAGCCCUGAGCUGCUGAGCGACGCCACCCGCGACUUUGCCGUCUACGCAUACGACUAUUCAGAACCCGAUGAGCCGUUGGUCGGACAGGGCUUCCUAGGAUGGAUCAUGAACAACACAGAUGGCAAGAGGAUCAUUGGUCGCACCACCAGGAAUCCUCUCUCGGUCUUUAGCGGUGGCGUCAAGGAGAUCUUGGAGAUCAAACUGAAGCUGAAGCCAGUAGCCGCCAUGACACAACCGAGAUACGAAGUCGAGCCUAGACCGGACGCUCGACACUCAUAUCAGCGCUCUGAAAGCCACAUGAGCGUCGAGAUACAACCCACGAGACCCAACGAUGGUGCACUCACGCCCAAUAGCCAUGCCGAGUGGGCCAGCUUCAUGCAGUCGAAUCAGCAGAUGGGCAACCAGCAACAUCCCCAAAAUGUUGCGUCCCCUCACCACCUACCCCAGCACCACAACGAAUUCCAACACCAACCACAACCACCACCCCAGCAACGACAACAAAUGCAACGAAGCGAUUCUUUUGCUUACAAUGGGCACCCGCAACAGCAAAUGCAAAAUUCACAACUUCAACAGACCAUACCUCAACCACCUAUGCAAAAUUCUGAAGGGCCUAACCGGGUGGCCCCUACCCUUGUUGACACAGCAACCGAGACUCAAGUGAACCCACCAUCGAGACCAUCAUCCAGGGCUUCAAACACAUCAAAGAAAUCAAGAUCUACCGGACGACCGCGUGGUCGCCCCCGGAAGCAGCCGAGGGCUGAGACUCAAGGUAACACGUCGGGCUAUGAGGAUGGAACCGAUGGCGACGAUGGCCCAGCCAAGAAGAAGAGGGCAACCAUGACCCAGGUCAUAGGCAACAUCAAUGCCCCCUUCGGUGGCGGCUCUGGCCCUCUCCGCGUCACAGCAAGCACGGCUGGCUCCUUGCGAACCUUGCGACCGGCCGGGAUUUCUCAAGACCCUUCUAUGGGCUCUCACAUGCAGGAUGUGCCUAGAGCCCCGACACCCGUCCCCGACAGAGGUCCGUCAAUGCCACAGGGUGGCAAGGCCACGAAGGGUAGCAAGUUGCGUCGGCAGUCAACUUUGAGCCAGGCCGCCACGCCCCCCAGCCAACCCCAGUUUUCCGAACCGCCCUUUGCCAUGUCUCCGAGUCAACAAGAUGGCCGUUCCCCGGACUCAGAGGCCGUGUCUCCCAACUUUUCCGAGGACAGCCCUGCAGCCAUUGGAUCUUCACCGCCUGUCCCUCGUACCACCAGCUUUGUGCGGUCAAGUCCGCCGGCGUCCAGCCCGAUACUCCCCCCUAUGCGAAUGCCAAUGCCAAUGCCACAGCAUGAUUCUGGCUUUAUGAGCGGCGGCGUUGACGACCUUUUCGAUGGCGACAUUAUGAAGCCACUUCCGAAACCCGUUGCUACUGCACCGAAACAAUCCAAAGGGCGAAAAACGAAUCGCAAUGAGACCAAGGAACACAUAGAUGAAUCCGGUAUCCCCAUCCAAGUCUUUCAGCUGGCGGAGCAUGUGCCCAGCGAGAUAGAUACUGCUCCGAAGAUCCGGAAGCAACUCCCUCCCAAAGCACCCACUUCGACGCCGUCGACAGAGCCAUCACUGCCACCUCUCCAGCACGCCGUGAGCGAGUCCAACAUGACAGUGCCUCCGCAGCCUGCGGGAAAAGAGCCCUCACCACAACAAGAGGAGCCGGUUGUGGUGAUAAAGCCUGAUGUCGAUAUGGACAGUCAAAGUGCUCCCAGUUUCGAGGCGCCUCGGUCUGAAGCUAGCCUCGACAUGAGACUCGAGCAACUUGUACAAGCUGUGCAGGAUAAAGCACCUGACGUAGUCUUGCCAGAGCCUUCGACAUUGGCUCCUAUCGCGGCCGACGUCUUCGCUCUUCCUUCCGCACCACCUUCGCUUUCUCGGUCUACUUCAGAAUUUUCGCAGUCACUUCCAAUGGUCCCGGCCAGCGACCCGAUCGGCCCUAUCGCAUUGCCAGCUCUCCCACUUCCAGAUAUAACAUCUUUCUCCGAAGCGCCUUGCCCGCCAAGCGACGCGUUCCAGCCCCCAAGAUCACCAACCCAGGCUCAGAAGGCAAACAAGAAUUAUGUCAAGAAGAAGGCCAUCAGAGAAAAGCUAUUGCAGGCCAUCGAGAGUGGGCAAACCCCUAUGUACUGCAACAAUUGUGGUGCUAUUGAGACUCCCACGUGGCGCAAGAUUUGGUCUCAAGAGCAUGAGGGUGUCCCCGAAUUCACCGAGUUUUCAGAUAAGCCUGGCAGAAUCACCGCCAUCCUGGUCUUGGAGCGAGAUGACGAAGAUAAAGUCACCAAGUACCAGGUCAUCAAGAAAGGCUUGGCACCUCAUGAGGACAAGUCAGAAUGGAAAUGGCAUAUGCUCUGCAAUCCCUGCGGUAUUUGGUUGUGUAAAUGGAAGGCACAUCGGCCAUCGGAAAAAUGGGAGAAGGACAGAUCUCGCCUCAGUCAACAAAGACGGCCUCGGGGUACUGGGCGAGCUCCUAGACCGCCCAGAACGAAGAAGUCAGACUCGGCAAACCCACUCAAUCCGACGUCUGAAGCUUACUUCACUACGGACCCCAUCGGCCCUGACGAUCGAGGCAUCUCGCCCAUGGAUGAAAGCAGAUCUCGCGGUAUCUCACAGGUCAGCAAUGCCAACGAGGCUUCACAGCGAUCAGUCUCUCAGUUAUCGAUGUCUCAACCGCCUGAUUGCCAGGGCUCACGGCCAGCGUCGCCCGGGCAUGCCUCCAACCCAGGAUCUACCCACUCUCGAGGAAGCGGUACCGCCAAGAGCCCAAUCACCCUCGACAAUACCGACGUGGUGCAAGAUAUGGGUGGUACCCGACGGCUCCUAUUCCCCUCACCUCGAAAGGAAGGCGUUGCUAAGGUCCUGGGUGAGGUUGCUGUUAACAUCGUACAAACUGCGCCGGAACUCAACGUCUCGGCGGAAGCUGCACAAAACAAGGACUCCACCGACAAGUCUAGCAAGGACGAAGCGCAGAAGGACACCGGGUCCAAUAAGGAGAACCUGGCUAUUCCUGAUGAUGACCUCGAAGAUCUGUUUCGAAGCCCCAUCGCUCGUCCAUCGACACCGCCCCCUCGGGAAAGGCCUGCUAACAGCGGCCCCUUCAAGACUCCCACUCGACCGACACCUAGCCACCGUCCCAUCACUAGAAGCGUCACUAGGAGUGUCUCGCGAUCGUUGAGGUCGGGCGAUAUGCUCCGAUCCCCGAUGGCUAUGCGCCGCACGCCUAUGCGGACUCCGCGGUCGGCUAAGGGCCAAAUCCGGAGGAGCCCUCGCCUCCAUCAUGAAGAGUUCUCUCAGAUGGAGAUGGCAUUAGAGGAGUACCUUUCAAGCCAACCGGUCGACCACCAGUAUGACUCUGAUAUGCUAGAGGCUAUGAACCGAGCAUUGGCCGAGUCUAUGAAUGCUCCUGGUUCCAGUUUUGACAUCACCAGUAUGAUGAUGGAUUCAGACUGUCAACUCGAAUUCGGUGAUCUGUUGGAUUCGCCAUCCAAGCCGACGCCGCGACCGGCUCGGCAAACGAAUGAUUACGAGGAUUGGGAGACGUGGGAGAAGAACAUGCGUGAGCGCCAGGCGGCAGAUGAUGCCGCACGCGACUAGAUACCCGGUGGGAGGAUAGAAUGGUCGUGAUGUUUACUACGAGAUAUCGCAGUGGAAGUUUUCACGAAAGCGCGGGACAUGGGUCCACGCAAUACGCGCAGCGUCGCCACGAGUCGUACGAUAUUUAUUGGUUUUGAGGGAGUUGCAUUAUAACAGCGCGCCUGCGGGCAUGAAAUAUAUGGGG